GAGAGUCUGCCUUGGUGGCUAGAGCCAAAGUAUGCCUUCAGUUGGCGAGGCACGCGAGAGUGAGUGAGUGUGGCUCGGAAGCUCUUGAUAAGAGGUAGGGAAGAAUUGGGGCUCCAAGAGCUGCUUACCCCCGAAAUCCUCGAAGCCUCGGUCUGAGAUUGAGUCCUGCAGCUUGACCUACCAUUCCUUCAAUCUUCAAACAACUAGUCAUCAUUUUCGUGUAACAUUGGCCAAUGUAGCACCGAGAAAAGAGCGAUAAACCAGGGUUGUGGCAGAAAUGUCCCUCAUAAUCCGAUGUGCCGAUGUAUCCCUCCCUCUCGAGGACCGAAUCAAUUGGGGAUAGUGAGCGGCUCAGCAACCCAUCACUUCUUUGCUCGGGUUACAGCAAAUCAGAACACAGAGACACCACAUGGCCCAAAUUGUGGCUGGUUGCCUGUCGUUUCUGCCUCCGAGCAUCACGUCGGCCAACGAAACAGAAGCACUAGCCACAUCAUGCACGUUGAAGCUUCCAUUGAGGCCCUCGAAUUUAUUAGCUGCAGAGCACCAGCCACAAUCUCUCCGGGGACAGUGACGGACUUUCCGCAGUGGCUCCGACUUCAACCACCGGCAGGUCUUCAUUUCCCCGACAAGAGACACAUGCGACGUCUCAUUGAAUGCCGGUGCCGUGUUCUUAGCGCCUUGGAGACCUCUGAGAACCGUGUGGUGGAGCCCACAAGAUUAUCCCUCAUGAUCGCUGUGGCUUAUACCAUGCAUGGUGGGCAGUAUGUGACCAGUAUUCUCCCCGGGUCCCAGAGUCUUAUUCCCCAGUCGGCACACGAGCUUCUCCUAAAGGAAGGUGUCGAGUGUCCUUGCAUGUUCUCGAAGGAUGAAAGAAGACCUUGUCAGGGGCUCUCGAACGGGGACGAUACCGCGAAGGGUUUAGACGCCCCUCCACGACUUGCCACGCACCGGGUUUCUGGGACGUUCGAAGUGGGUGUAACGGCCCGUAGCCUUGGGAGGAGCAAGCCGGGUUGGGUCCGGUACGGCAAGGGGGUGUGAAGCAGGAUGCGAAGUUGGUCAUCUCCAGUCUGGGGCAAAUCACCGGCCAACGGUAGGAUGGCGGUUAGGUCAAGUCUAGGUGCGAACGGCCGCGGAUCGCCGGCGGACCAUUGUGUUAUUGUCCCUUUCUAGAGCUCAAUGGUUUUUGCUCUGGUCAAUCUGGCUUCGACUACAGUAUUUGGCAGGUCGCCAGUACCUCAU